UAGUAAAUUCUUCGUGAUUCUUCGUGAUUAUCCAUUAUACACUAUUAUAACACAUGUUUGAUGUCUAAAGUGCCGCGAAUCUGACUUUGCACUUUGCGAUUAUUUAAUUGUUAUUAAAAAAGGAAAUAUUGUAUUGAUUCAAUAUCUUAUAGGCAUAACAUACUAAUAAGUUGCAGUUACAAGAAACAAAUAUGCCUCAAUACACAAUUAAAGUUAAAUGGGGCAAAGAGCUCUUUUCUAAUGUGGAAGUUAAUACAGAGGAAGAUCCAAUAUUAUUUAAAGCACAGCUCUUUGCCUUGACUGGAGUUCAACCAGAGAGACAAAAAGUAAUGCUCAAAGGAAUGACACUCAAAGAUGACGAUUGGGGCAAUCUAAAACUCAAAGAUGGUGUCACGAUACUUAUGAUGGGUUCUAAGGAGGAAGAUGUACCUACUGAACCAACAGAAAAACCAGUGUUCUUGGAAGACAUGAAUGAAGCUGAAUUGGCUACUGCUUUAGAUUUACCAUCUGGUUUACUUAAUCUUGGCAAUACAUGUUAUCUAAAUGCAACGGUACAAUGUUUAAAAACUGUACCAGAAUUACGGGAAGCUUUGAAGGUUUUUUCAGGAGGUUGGACAACAGGUGCAAGUUUAUCAAUAACUGCACAAAGUAUAACUGCGGCAUUAAGAGACUUAUAUGAUAACAUGGACAAGGGAACAGCUAGGGCACCGCUUGUUUUGUUACAAAUGCUACAUUUGGCUUUUCCAAGAUUUGCAGAAAAAACAGAACAGGGUGUAUUUCAACAACAAGAUGCAAAUGAAUGUUGGACAGAGUUAAUUAGGAUGUUGCAACAAAAGUUACCUGCAAAGAAUAACCCAGAUGUACUGGAAGAUAAUAAUGAAGCCUCUAAGCCACGAUCGUUUAUUGAACAAUACUUUGGAGGUAUAUUUGAUUAUGAAUUGAAGUGUAUUGAAUCCGAGGAUGAACCAGCCACAACUGGAAAAGAAGAAUUUUUACAAUUGAGCUGUUUUAUUUCGACUGAAGUUAAGCAUAUGUAUUUUGGGCUUAGGAACAAAAUGCAAGAACAAAUUACAAAAAUGUCUCCGACGCUUGGAAGAAAUGCCAAUUAUACAAAAACGUCAAAAAUUAGCAGGUUGCCAGCAUAUUUAACUAUACAAUUUGUACGAUUUUAUUACAAGGAAAAAGAAGCAAUUAACGCAAAAAUUUUAAAAGACGUAAAGUUUCCCUUGGAAUUUGAUGCUUUUGAAUUAUGUAGCCACGAACUCCAAAAUAAACUUAUAUCAAUGCGUGAAAAAUUUAAGGAGUAUGAAGAUAAUUUGGUAGUGGAAUCUUGUAAUGAAAAAACUAAAGAUAAAGGAGAUAGUGUAAAAAAAGAGAUGAGAAAAGAACUAUUUUGGUUUAAAGAUGAUUUGGGUUCAAAUAAUAGUGGCUAUUAUAAAUUACAAGCAGUUUUGACGCACCGAGGACGUUCUAGCAGCAGUGGUCAUUAUGUCAGUUGGAUUCGACAGAAGGGUGAUACAUGGAUGAAGUGCGAUGAUGACGUUGUUACAGCCGUUACAAGCGAAGAAGUUUUAAAACUCAGUGGAGGUGGAGAUUGGCAUUGUGCAUACGUUCUUUUAUAUGGUCCUAGAAUAUUGGAAGUAGAAGUGAAGGAUACAAAAGACAUUCCAGUUAAUACCGAUAACACUGAGGCUUAACUGACAAAUAAUUGCUUUAAAUUAUGCUGACACAAAAUUGGUUGGUUUGCUAUAGCUCGUCCAUGUUUGUUUUCUUGUAUCAAUUAAUUAAAGUGUCAUUAAAAAUAUAAUAUUUGAAAUAAUUUUA